AUGAAGACACUACAUGAUACAAACAACAAUUAUGGUCAUACUGCAAGUAAUACAACUCAAAAGCAAUUUUCUACUUCUAAUCUAUUAACCAAUACUCGACAAAAUUCAAAUCUAAUGAAUGGAUCAUUACGCUUGAAUUCAGCCGCCAUAGAUUCCAAUCCUAAUACUUAUCCUUCAUUGUUAACUCAAAAUCAUCAUCAACAACAAACCAUUUCUCGAACUAAUAAUGAUACAAGAAAAAGAGUAUAUUGUUUAGAUAAACCAUCAUCGAAUUCUGCUACUCGACCAACAACAUCUAGUUCAACGUUUUCAACACAAAAUAUCUACACAAAUUCUGUUCAAUCACCAGCGAAUCCAUUUCUUUCUAUGUUUAAUGUUGAUCAAAAUCAAUUGUCAUCUAUGAUUCAAGCCAAUUUAACUAAAUUUGGUGGUAAUCAAAUGCUUCUACCAGGUACAAAUAAUUCACUAUUCUAUUUACAAUUGAUGAAUGCUAACAAUAUGCUUAUGCAACAAUUAUUAACGAAUGAAAAUAAUAAUCUAUGUUCAACUUCGUCAAAAAAUCAACCUAUGUCAACAUCACAUGUUGAUUUACCAAAAGAUACAAUGCAUUCAGGAAGAAAUUCUCACAUAUUACAAGCUGAUUCAAAUAUAUUUGUACCAAAAACGCGUCCGAUGACACACGAUGAAAUAGCGGAACACGCACAAUUAGUUUAUCAAAGAGCUCUACAGCGAAAUCAAUUACAACAACAUAAUGAUCUUAUGAAACAUUUCUAUGAGUCAUCGACGAGUUCAAAUACAAUCAAUAGUACCAUAAAAUCUAUCAAUAAUAACCAAGUACCAAGUGUACCGUCUGUUGGUAAUAUUGCUGUAAAUAGGAAAUUCGAUAUGUUUGAUACAAUGAUUACAUCACCAUCAUCAUGCCUUUCAAUUCAAGAACCUAGCGUAAAUGCAGCGCUCUCAUCAUUAUCACUAGUGUCAGUUGACGAUGUUAAAAUAAUGAGUAGUAUUAGCUCAACUCUUGAUCCAAGCGCUCCAGCCUUCAUUCCACGCCGUAGUCAAUCAAAACUUCAUCAUGAUGAUGACAUUGAAACAUCAUCUUCAUCGUCCGAUUCUGAUUUCAAUGAUUUUAAUUAUUUGGAUCAAUUUCUCGAAGAAUUUUAUAAUUUAGAUAAUCAAGAUGAUAAUCAUUUAAUUAUUCAAAAAUCUCCGGCAUUUGGUACAACGAAUAUCGGCGAUGAAUUUUCAAAUAAUAGCAACAGCAAUAAUAAUAUUAAUAAACAUAAUAUCCAUAGUGAUAUACUGGGUCAAGGUGAUACUAUUGAGCAAUUAGCUUGUGAGGCAACCAAUGCAAUGACUGAACAAUCCUCAUCAAUAAAGGUUGAAAAAUCAGAAUGUCAAUAUUCAAUUUAUGAAUUACUUAAUCGAUAUCGUAAUCCUCGUUGCCAUUUGGUUUUACCUGAGUGGUCGCGGCUAUCAUUAAUUCUUCCAACUGUAUGUUCUAUGCGUGCUCAAUCCUACAAAAUUAAAAGAUACUUUGCUUAUCGCCGUCGAUUAAAUGAAAAUCAAGAAUUGAUUAAAGAUCUUUCAGUUUCAGUAACAGCAAAUAUUCCUGCGCAAUCAUAA